UGAUGUCGACAAAAUCUGAGAAUCCAUUUCUCAUCUGGAAGCGACCUGACCUGCCGUCACAGUGCACUUAUGGAACGCCAGGAGUUACUUCCCCUCAUCUCCACAAACCAGUUAAGAGCAAGCCGAAGAUUAUGUCAAGUAUUCUCGACAACAUUGGCAACACACCGCUAGUACGCAUCAACCGCAUCACUAAGAAGGACAACAUCGAGUGCGAAGUCCUGGCGAAGUGCGAGUUUUUCAACGCUGGGGGGAGUCUCAAGGACCGGAUCGGUCUGCGAAUGGUGGAGGACGCAGAGGAUAACGGCUACCUUCAGCCCGGGGAUGUUCUCAUUGAAGCCACCUCGGGUAACACAGGAAUUGGACUGGCACUAGCUGCAGCUGUUAAAGGUUACCGGUGUAUUAUUGUCAUGCCCGAGAAAAUGAGCAUGGAAAAGGUGGAUGUUCUGCGAGGUCUUGGCGCGGAAAUCGUGAGAACUCCGACAUCUGUGGCGUUUGAUUCCCCCGAGUCUCACAUCUGGGUUACUAAGAGACUGAUGGAGGAGAUUCCAAACGCGAAGAUUUUAAGUCAGAUAAUCGGAGUGGACCCCGAGGGUUCCGUGAUUGCCCAACCGGAGGAGAUAAACAAAACUGACGUAACAUAUUACGAUGUUGAGGGGGUCGGUUAUGACUUCAUUCCAACAGUCUGUGAGCGAAAGUAUGUUAAGAGAUUGUACAAGUGGUGGAAUCGGAAAGUGAGCACGCUAAACAUCCAGGCACCGCUGACUGUGAUGUCUGACGUCACCAUACAGGAGACACUCAAACUACUCAACAGAGAUGGAUUUGAUCAGGUUCCCGUCAUCGACCAAUCAGAACAAAUUCUUGGCAUGGUCACGGUCGGGAAUAUGAUGGCUCAGGUGGUGAAAAACAAAGCAAAAUCCAGCGACCCGGUGUCAAAGGUCAUGUACAAACAGUUCAAGAAGAUUUGUAUCGACGCGUCGUUAGGAGAGUUAACGCGCAUGUUGGAUACCGAUUACUUUGUGUUGAUCAUUCAAAACCAGAGACACUAUUCUGGUAAGAGUACAAUGACAGACAAACAGAUGAUUUUUGGGAUUGCGACAAGAAUUGAUCUUCUCAACUACAUCAUGGCUAACCAAGAACUGGAGGACCGUUCGAUGUCGCCAAAGUGAAAAUACUUUCACACUUUUCUUUAUGAUUUUCUCUCGGUGAAGACAUUUAGCGCAUGUACCUGUACUCCAACAUAGCUGUAAGCAGUCGGUAGCCAUAUUAUAACAGGUUUUUCAGUCAGUGAAAGUUGUUUGUUCUGUUGUUGUUGUUUUUGAGUUUGUUUUUUGAGUCUGAGUCUGUUUUUUGUCUUUAUUAAAAGCCCAAUCAUGUGACUUUUUUUAGUGCUUAAAAAGUCCAGUUUUAAGAGGUAUCCAGUUUAGAGAGGUUCUCUAUAGUACAGAUAUUUAAAAAGGUGCUGCGAAAAACGUCUGGCUUUUAAGAGAAUUCCGGUUUACAGAGGGUCCGGUUUUGAGAGAAUUCCAGUUUACAGAGGGUCCGGUUUUGAGGGAAUUCCGGUUUUGAGAGGUUAUAUCAAGUACAGGGAAACUCCUCUAAACUGGACACUCUCUAUCACACUAUUUAUAUAUACAAACUAACUCCCAUCAUAUCUAGAAACAAUGUUUCAAACAACUUCAGAAAUUCACUCCUUAAAUCUGAGGUCAACUCAGCAUAGUCAUCUUAUUGAAUUAAAACCAAGAACAGAAUUUUAUCGCCAUAUAGUUUUUCAUGCAGGGGAGCUAAACUGUGGAACACACUACCUUCAAAGAUAAAAUAUUCUCAAUCCUCGCCUCAG